UCCUUCAAGUGUAAAGUAUAUCUGAAUGCUAAUAUCACUGAUAUUAUGGAAGCUACUGCUCAAAAAAUAAAUGUAGAAUUCAGUUUUAGCACAUUACAGUUAGGGGGUUUUGAGGUUUGAAGUGGAAGAUUCACUGUGGCAGCUGUUAGUGUCACAAGGUGGUCACAGAGUGACUAAUGUUUAACAAGUGAGUAUGUUGAUUUUAAAUCUCCAGAGUAACACUCAAACACGCUCUACUUUAACAUACUGUACCUCAGGGAAGGUGACUAAAAUCUCUUAUCUUUUAUCUUUUGCGCAAAAUCAUUAAACCAGACCUGAAGACAGAUAUUGGGUGCGCAGUGCUGACCUUUUGGAGUUUUUGAUAAUGCCCAACAAAGCCCAGGAGGAUGCUGUGAUCAAUCUAAAGACGCUGCAGGAGAUUUCCAGGCAGCUUGGUUUUGAGUGGACAGUUUUGGCAUAUGAGCUCGGCUUCAACAGAACUGAGAUAGGACGCUUCCACGCCAGCUCUACAGAGAAGAGUGUCCAGGCCAAGGCCAUGCUGGAAAGCUGGUACGAGAAGUCAUGGGACAAGCCAAAUAAGACCAAGCUGCUGCAAGACGGACUGGAGCGAGCUGGCAGACGGGACCUGGCUGAGAGACUGCACUGCCUCCACUGGGGUCACCAGAAACUGAGUCAAAGGGUGGAGCUUCCCUCUGCCUUCCCCUUCCUCAUCACAGUCCACAGGACCAUCGACAACCGAGACGCACUACGUAAAAUCAACGACCUAAGUCGUAGAUUUACUUAAACCUGGGUGGAAACGCAAGUAGCUGCGGCUAUGUCUGUGAUUUGUGUUCUACGUGUGCAUAUGUGAUACUGCAAAGAAGCAAACGGACUCAGAGUCAAUUAACCAACAAAUCAUGAUAU